AUGGUCAGCCCUCAGAUCACCAACCUGAUCAUCAUGCUCGGCAUGGUGCAGGUCUCCCGCAAGGUCCCCUUCGAAGACCCCAACGUCCUGAACAUGUGCCGCGCCGGCUACAUUGCCAGCAACAUCAUCAUCGCCAUCAUCUACCUCUACGUCCAAGCUCAGAUUAACAAGAAGAAGGACCUUACCACGCUCAAGUACGUCGAGCCCCCAGCGAUGGGAUCCGCCGAGGAGGGCAAGCUCGUCACCACCACCAUCCACGCCUACGACACCACGCAGCUUCGGCAGGCAUUCCGCUCCCAGGCCAUGGGUAUCGCAAUGAUGGCCUUCAUGCACAUCUAUAUGAAGUACACCAACCCUCUCCUGAUCCAGUCCAUCAUCCCCCUCAAGAGCGCCCUCGAGAGCAACCUCGUCAAGAUCCACGUCUUUGGCCAGCCCGCCGCUGGCGACCUCAAGCGCCCCUUCAAGGCGCCCGCCGGCUUCAUGCAGGGUCUCCAGAGCGGCCCCGCUGCCAGCGACAAGAAAGCCAUCGAGACUGCCGAGCGUGCCGGCCGCGGUGGUGCCAAGGAGGAUUCCGUUCUCUCCUGCCACUUCGGUGUGGCUCGGUCACAGCAGCAGCAAGGCACAUUCACGUCUCCCACUUAUAUCCUCCAUACCCGACCGUCUUUCUACACCACCACGACGCUUCAGAUACUCUCAACUGUUUCCAACCAGACAUUCACAAUGGUGCGCCCAUCAACACCACCGCCAAACCCGGCAACGGCGCCGCUGCCCGCCAGGACCCCUCCAACACCAGCAGCAAUCCGUCGCAUGGAAGAAUCCCGCCUCAAAGCGAAAGCAAUCCGCGACCGCCGCGACGCCGAACUCGCCGCCUCAGGCGCAAUCCCGACUCCCAAAACCGCCUCGGGCUUCGUAGCCACCAAUGACGUCCACAUCACCAACGCCGGCGCCUCCCAAGCGACAGACAUUUCCCGCAAACGCCCACACUCUUCCAUCUCAACGUCAAAUCCCGCUGCUGCUGCAGAAUCGCACCCGUCAACGAACCGCGAUGCCCGCGACACAAACGCCGCCCCGCGCCCGGCGCGCAACUUUGCCAAAUUCGUCGACUACAACAUGUCCGCCAUGACAGACACAAAGGGCGGCUUCCUCACGGCAGAAGACGACCCGCACAACACGGCCCUCGUGCCCAAGGUGAAACCGGGCGGCCCGCCCCAGGAAGAGAAACCAAAAGGCAUGUCCUCGCAGGAAUGGGAGCGCCUCCAGCUCCUCAAGAAACUCCGCCGGCAGAAAGCAGGACCCUUUGAGCCCGGCCUCAGCGUCCUCGCCGACUCCACCAUGCGCAAGAAAUGCGCCGACUGCUCCUCGUACGAAAUCGACUUUGUCUGGGACGAGAUUUUUGGGAUUCAGGUCUGCCACGCCUGCAAAGACAAGCUGCCCGACAAAUACUCGCUCCUCACAAAGACGGAGUGUAAAGAGGACUAUCUCCUCACCGACGAGGAACUCAAAGACGCCGAUCUCCUCCCCCACCUCUCGCGACCGAACCCGCACAAGUCGCACUGGCACGACAUGAUGCUGUUCCUCCGUAUGCAGGUGGAAGAGUACGCCUUCACGACGAAAUGGGGCUCCGCCGAGAAGCUCGACGCCGAGUUCGCCAAGCGCGAGGCCGACAAGAAGAGGCGCAAGGAGGCCAAGUUCAGGGAUAAGCUUAACGAUCUCAAGAGAAAGACCAGAACUGAGGCCAUUCGCAGACAGCAGGCCACCACGGCCGCCGGCGCGGGACCGAGAAAGUUUGGAGACUCGGUGGGCGGUGGCAAGCACGUUCACGAUUGGGGACGAGCGGUUGAGAAUGAGGAGGGUAUGACGGUGAAGAAGUGCAAUGGAUGUGGCAUGGAGGUCGAGGAGUUGGAGUUCUAG